AUGGAAGAGGAGCAGCGGGUUCUAAAUGCGUUUGGCAUUGCUAACGACUUCUUGACACCAGUCCUAGACCGAGAAGAAAUAAAAAAAUCUCAGGGAAAAUCUUUGCUUCAGAUCCUCAGUCAGAGUUCCAAUUAUGAUGGCGCUGGUGAUGGUGAUGAUAUCAACAGACCCAGAGUCAUCAACAAGGCCUUGGAUGUCUUGAUCGGUAUCCAUGAAGCCUUCGUAUUGCCCGGCUCACAUAAUGUGUCUCAGCAGUCCUAUUCCGAGGUGGCAGACUCACCUAUUGAAGAUGCUAAGCGCCGUCGAAUGUUGCAUGCAUUGCUGGACCUCAUUUCCUUGGAAGGAAUAUAUCCUUCACUGUCUUCUGGCGUUGGAAUUCCUUUGCAGCAACGUGUGAUCUCAGUUUUACCCGCGGGUAUCAUUGCAAAGAAAUCGCAUACGGCCACCAGUAGCGUACCGUAUAAUGAGCCACUUUUGCGUCGCAUCAUUGGUGUUUUGCUAGACAUUCUCAACGACCCUCGUCCAAGCAUACAGUCCAUCGUACGCAGUCGUAUCCUGAGUGAUGUAAUCAGUGGCACCUCCGACCUUGCUUUUAAUCCAAUGCUUGAGGGAUCUUCUGAUCAAAAAGAUCUACAAUUAGCUUUGGCCAAGAUUGUUGGAGACACCCCUACUACUAUCUUACUGCCUACAUUGUCCAGCUUUCUUCAGUCAGACACCAGUCAAUGGUUCAAGUCAACAAUCUCCGGUCAAAUCUCACAUCUUCCGCUACGACCAGGCGGAGUGAUACAAACUAUUAUGUUCAUUGCAUCACAAUUUUCCCCGUCCCUUGGCCAAGAGGCGCAGGACCAAUCCAAUGGGCCGCGACUGACUGUGCAGGCUAUCAUGCAAGUUUCGCGUCUUCUAUCCUCCGUGCCACAAGAUGUUGACCCGAAUGUUUAUUUCGAGACAAUUGCUCCGCAACUAUUAGCUCUGAUGGACGGCGAAGACCCAGAUCUUCGAAAGGCUGCUUCAUACGUAGUGGGCAAUGGAAUUUUGGGCAAACGCGCAUAUGGGGCCGUUGGAACCAUUGGUCAUUCAAUAUUCGUGGAGCCAAUCUUCAACGCACUUACUGCAGAGCUUGAACCAAAGUCAAAGAAAUGGAUGGCGCGAUUUACAGAUGUUGAAGGAUCUAUGCCACUUUUUGCAGAAAUCGAUCCCGCGUCCAAUGUCUUAGUGGAUGGCACCACGGUUGAUCUGGCAUUGGAAAGGUUGAGAUGCCUGACAUUGCAACAUCCAAAUCCUAGUGUGGUAAAACGACUUAUUCAACCCAUUCUUCUUCCAUUAUGGGGGUUGGUGUGCUUCUCUAAAGAAGAGCAACUACCAGGCCCAUUCCAUGAACGUGUUCUCCCCCUGCUCCAAACAUUCUUUGGCAUCUCUGUCGGUUUCCCGCCCCUGAAAAAGCUUGUUGAUAAUCUUCUCUGGGAUGGAGGAGUGAACUGGACAUACUCCCAGAUUGCGGAUUCACAAAUUGCAUUGACAAAGAGGAACGGCCCAAGUGGUGAUCAUUCCAACUUAAUCCGACUGAUGGAUUCCCUGCAAAUAAGAGCAGAGCUUUUUGUCAGCCUUAUUGGCUCUGAUCCUAGCAGCGAAGAGAGAACUGGUGAUAUUUUCCUUUAUGUCAGCGAAAACUGGCUGGUACGACCCCGCGUGUCUCAGGAGUCUCCCAACGUGCUUGAAAGAGUGCCUGUUGGUGAAAAUGAAAACAUUACUCAAAAGCUUGUCAGUGCUAAAGUUGCAGAGAAGCUACUUGACAACUUUAAAGAAGCAUUGACUCGACGCCCUCUGCGCGUUCUGGAGCUCAUAAAGCAUGUGGUGGACGGGGAGUUGUAUAGACUCAAGUCUCAAUCAACAUCGCGACAGGGCAAAGUGUCCCUUUCGUCUUUAUCCAACAUUGUGGACAAGGCGGACGAUGAAACGGAAGAGUCAGCAAAUGAUUCAACAGAGUCCCUCUCAACGGCAUUCAGCCUUUUAUCAACUCUUCUUGCCUCCGCUGAAUUUUCGCCUACUGAAGAAAUAUUGCCACUCCUUUCAUCGCUGAAAAAGGAUAUUGAUCAGCUUAUACCACUGCUUCCUGUAACGCUCUCUAAACCCGGAGUCACGUCGUCAUUGCUACUGGAAAUCCAACUUGCGACCCCAGACAAGCCUGCAACAAAACCAGUGUCGGCUCACACUCGGGACCUGGAAACUUAUCGCCAGGCAAUGGCCAAUCUCAGCUCAGAUCUACCACCAGUCAAGGCAGAAGGCAUGUUCCUCCUGGAAAAGCUUAUCAUGACAUCCUCGCCGGUCAUCGACGUUAGCGUGGCCCUCGGGUGGAUGAUAUUGAUCGUCACGGAUACUUCAGGAACGUCCGAAGAUGAGACAUACAAUCACAAAGCUGCAGUUAGCAUCAUUGGCAAGCUGGCAUCACGCCACCCGCGCACAGUGAUCAAGACCUUAGCCGACGAUUAUGCCGACAGACCACAGAAAAGAACAUUGAAUCAAAGACUCAUGAUCGGCCAGGCAAUGGUCCAGUCGGUUCAAAAUGUGGGUGCCGCACUGUCCGGUGAGACAGCAAAGAUCCUUGGGGAAACUCUCAUUGCCGUCGCUGGACGACGGGGAACCGUACGUCGAGCUACAGGAACUACCAAAAUCAGUGGCAUUACAUCGGAAGAGGAGGAAAACAAAAAGGCUUCAAUUGAAGAACAGGAGGAAAAAGAAGAUGAAAUGCCUGAAGGCUGGUCCAUCUCGUCUGAGGUCGCCAAAGCUGCUACGGAGCUGGAAUCUCCCGACAGCGAUUCCGACGAUGAAACGGAAGAGCAGAAAGCGUAUGCCGCCAAAGUCGUCGCUGCAUGGGCUGCCGGUGCAUCUGCAGACGACAAACCCGACGACCUUCGCGCCCGCGCAUCUGCCAUUUCCAUUCUGGGUACCGGUAUAAGCACUAACAUCAUCGGACUCGGUUCGACGACUGUCUCAUCCGCCAUCGAUCUCGCUCUGUCGGUCCUCACUCUUGAAACUGCACCCGAGAGUGCCAUCAUCCGCCGCGCAAGUGUGAUCUUGAUCCUCGACACACUGAAAGCCCUCGAGACAGCGCGAGAGACACUGGGGCAAGAUGUAGGAUUUGGCUUCUCCCUUUCGGAUAAUGACACUUUUGCGUCCCCGUGUGGCUCCGGUUUGCGCGAGCAGUCCACCAUUGGCAACAUUCCAGCUAUGUUACGCACACUUUGCUUUGUCGAGAGCCGGGAGAAAGACGGGCUCACUCGGCAACACCUCCGAGAUUUGGUUGAGAGCUUGGAAGCCUGGACUGAGAAGUCUUUGCUGUGGGGCAUUGGUGCUCACGAGGGUCAGCGUACAAUGGAUCCGAGCUUUGGACUCAGAGGCAGGAUUGCGGGUCUUCGUUUUGACCCUAUGGCUAGAGUGGAAAACAGUGGACGCUCACGCAUUGAAGAGCUCGAGUGA